AUGCAGAGCAGGGUUCCCUAUGGUCUGAGGGAUGUUUUUGGCAGCCUGUGGGAAUGCUUGGGUACUGUACAAGUGGAGGUGGACAUUGGUCGAGAGGAGAGAGAUGUUCUUACUGGCAACAGAGAAUGGUCCAACAGCACUGAGACAGCCUCCCCGUCUUACUUAGAGGAGGGAGUACUCCUUCCCGUGGUGGUUCCCAGCGUCCAAGUGCUCAGCAAGGUGGGAGACUCCGUGCUGCUGGCGGCAGAGUGCCCUCCUGGCUUCCAAGUGCGUGAGGCCAUCUGGCGAUCUCUCUGGCCAUCAGAGGAGCUCCUGGCCACGUUUUUCCGGAGUUCCUUGGAGACUCUGUACCACUCCCGUUUCCUGGGCCGAGUCCAGCUACAUGGCAACCUCAGCCUGGAGCUUGGGCCCCUGAAAACUGGGGACAGCGGCAACUUCUCUGUGCUGAUGGUGGACACCGGGGGUCAAACCUGGACCCAGACCCUGCAUCUCAAGGUGUACGAUAUGGUGCCCAAGCCCAUGGUUCAAGUGUUCACUGCUGCAACGGAAGAAGUUCAACCCCUCCAUACCUGCCAGGUCUUCUUGUCCUGUUGGGCCCCCAACAUCAGUGACAUAACGUAUAGCUGGCGACGGGAUACGCUAAUGGAUGUUGAUGUGGAACCACACAGCCUUUUCUCAAAUGGACAGGUGUUAAGUGUCUCGCUGGGACUGGGAGACAAAGAUGUGGCCUAUACCUGCAUUGCCUCCAACCCUGUCAGCAGGGAUAUGGCCACAGUCACACCCUGGGAGAGCUGCCAUCAUGAAGCAGCCUCCGGGAAGGCCUCCUACAAGGAUGUGCUGCUGGUGGUAGUGCCAAUCUCAGUGUUCCUGAUUCUAGCUGGUCUCUUUGGGGCAUGGCACCAUGGCCCCUGCUCAGGGAAAAGAAAAAGGAAGGAUGCUGGCACUGACAGGGUGGUUCCAGAGACAGAGAAUCCCCUUGUGUAAGAUACGCCGUGAGGGACAACGUAAACUGGUGCUUGGAUCAUGAUGAGACGCCCUGCCCAGCCACAUGAUGCACACCCAGAACUUGCAGGGUCCUCAUAACUUCCAAAAGUCUCCUGUCUGCUGCUAGAGAACAGCCAAGGAAGCCAUCACCCUGGCUCCAACUUCCUCCCUCCUCCCUCCCCUUUGCACAUGCUGGAUCUUCUCCGGGCAAGGUGGACUCAGAGGGUGCUUCCUCAAGUGCACUGGACAUUCUCUAGGAUCUACAGAGACACUGUCCUUCUCUACUACUGUAUAGAAGAAUUACUUAACUAUCAAGAGACUGCCUCCAGGCCAGGUCCUGGGCCCUAAGAGAUAUCAGACAUUUGAGCUAACAGGGAAAUUGAGCUAACAACUGCCAAUUCCAACCGCAGCCCCUGGAGUCUGAGAUCCUUGUGUUCAAGAUGUUAUAAUAAGAAAAGUUAGAGAAUAAGGAAAAGUGGAGGGAAGAGCUUUUCUUUUCUGGCCUGAAGGACUUUCAGCAUCUGAGUUCAAGGGUCCUCAAAGGUAAAUUGAGGUUAUACCUGAUGAAGGAUAGCUGACAUGCCAUCUUGGGAUGGAAGCCAUUUUUCUGGUAGCACCUACUAAUAGACAUCUUUAUCACCAUUAACUACUCUCAUGCCUUCUGCAUGAUCUGGGGUGGUGUUUGAGGGUCUCUCUGUACAUUCUACACAGUUGCCAGAAAGGAAAAAAAAACAAAAAACAGAGAGUUUGGCCCAGCCAACAGGAAAGCCUUGCACAAUGGCAAGGGAAGCCACUAAGUUCAGGGUGCGUGUGUCCUCCUAAAACUGGGAGAAGACGAGCCAUGAAAAGCUACACAGGAGGAACACUGUGGAGGGAAAGGAUACUGAGACACUUUAGAAUCUACCACAUUCAUUUUCAGAUGCAAGUGUAGAAGACUCAACUAAAUUCAAGGGGAGAGCAAAAGCCCUACCACUCAACUGUGGGAUCGUCAAGGUCGCUUUGACAUAUGCUAUAGAGGAUACUGUUAUGGCCGUCUUUGGAAAAUAUAUCCUGCCAUUGAAUGAUUCUGUCUUUAAAAAGCCUAUGCUGCUUGGGAAAACAAAGCACUUACUGAGUUAAAUUUAUCUUCCUGGAGUAGCAGCUACUAAGGUCCAUGCUUAUUCUCAUCCAAAUGGAAUGGGUUUUAUUCUGGGGCCCCACCCAGACCUUGAUAAUGGAGAGGAAGGAGGCACUGAAGAAGCAGAGAUAGUUUUGAAUAUGUUUCCUGGGUGGCUUCAGUCUCUCCACCCAGGAAGUCAGUCCUGCUGCCCUGGCACCUUCCUCUUCUCCCCACUGCCAAGACAGUCACUUCACCUGGGACAAGUAAUGGGUACCACCACGGGCUUGUGUGUUCGUUCCGAUUACACACCUCCUCUCCACUUCCUGGUCCCCUCUCGAUGGCCUUUCUCAGAGGUUCCUGGCUUCACAGAAUUCUUUCCCUCACCUGCACUCACCUUUCUUCUAUCCCCUUUCCUCCAACUUCCACAUGCAGAAUGCACAUGCCCGCACAGCCUGGCAGCUUGUGCUGCCCUCCCCUGCCACCUAUAGGUAUCUUCUCACCAACUCAUGGAAAACCAGCCUGUCCAUGAAACAAUGUGAAAAGGGAAGCCCAGGCUUUAGUGAUGAGCUAUGGUGGUUCUGGGGUGAUAAAACACACACUGUCCCCCACCUUUCCCUCCCUGUAUCUCUACAACCUCACCUCAAAUCCAAGCAUAGGUCUCAUCUUCGUGAGGUGGCUUUUAUCUACCUUGUGUAGACAGUGGUUUUGCAGGGAAUUGUACCAGGGCCUCUUGGAACAGCACAUGCUGCUCAAACACACUGCUGUUCCCAUCCCCAGUGACUCACUUGCCAACUAGUAGACUUAUUAUCCUUCCUCUGGAAAACACAAAGUGCUUGUGGGAGACCAAUCUUAUUCUAAGAGAUGUUGGGAAAGAUGCUUCAAAAGUUACACCAUCCCAACUAUGAACUGAGCGUUCAGCAAAUGCUGAGAACUC